AGGUCCUUUGACUCAAACCUGGCAACCCCGAAGGAGUCUGGUGGAGGAAAAUAUUGCCCAGAGCAGACUACUUGGCAUUAAAGACGGCUGGCGGUGGGAGCUGCGUUAACCCGUUUCCAGAAUCUACUUCUCAGUUUUCCUGCCAACACCAAAUUUGGGUCGGCUUGGUGAAGAAACAAGAGGAAAAUCUGAAUCUUUGCCUAAACGGUAGAGGACUGAUCUGAACCUUGUUCUUCCAGCCCUCCGGCAAGUUGUAAGCCUCGUUUGGCAUCUCUAAGAAGAAAAACUCAGUGAAAGUUACUUAAACUUGGAGCCCUUAUUUGAACACCAGCUUAAACGUAUUUGAAGGGUUACUUUACAGGCUCGAGGAAGUAUAAAACCAAGCAUUUUAUCCAGUACGUCUGUGUGACAACAUGGCAAAGAAAAACAGCCAAAAAGAUACGUCUGGGGUUGUGUUUGACACUCGCUCAAAAAUGGUAAUGUCCCAGGGAGGAACAGCUGAGAGGAUGAAAGAAAAGAUCAGUGCUGUCAGGGCAGUUGUCCCCAACAAAAGCAACAACGAGAUUGUGCUGGUGUUGCAGCAUUUUGAGAACUCUGUUGACAAGGCCGUUCAAGCUUUCCUAGAAGGCAGUGCAGUCGAGAUCCUGAAGGAGUGGAAUGUCACCGGCAAAAAGAAGCCCAAGAAGAAAAAGAAGCCCAAGCCUCAGCCAGAGGCCUCAGCAGAGCCUGCUCCACCUGAGGCCACAUCGCCUGAGGAGGGCAAGGAUGAGAUGAAUGGCUUUCAUGCCAACGGAUCUGUAAUGGAUGGAGAGUCACUUGAUUCUCUUAGUGAACAGUUGGACUCUGCCUCCCUGGAUGCAGCCGAGCUGGACUCUGAACCUGCUACAUCCGAAACCACCGGUGCAGAAGCAGAAAGUCAAGGUAGCGCUCCAAGUCCCGCCUCUCAGCAAGGAGGGAGGAAUCACCAGGGUCCCAGAGGCUACAAGACCCGACGCAGGCCAGGCUCAAAUUCACAUCCCCCCACUUCCUCAUUAGCACCCACCAUUGAUGAGCAAGGUUCACCAGCAGUCAAGAAGAUGGCUUCCAACAUUGACCGCUCUGUGAAGGACCUGCAGAGAUGCACCGCCUCACUCACUCGCUACAGGAUGGUGGUCAAGGAGGAGAUGGACUCCUCAAUCAAGAGGAUGAAGCAGACGUUUGCCGAACUCCAGAGCUGUUUAAUGGACAGAGAAGUGACUCUGAUGUCAGAAAUGGAUAAAGUGAAAGCAGAGGCCAUGGUGAUUUUGGACGCCCGACAGAAGAGAGCAGAGGAGCUCAGACGGCUGACAGACCAGUCGGCAUCCAUGUCUGAGGAGCAGUUGACUGAACUGCGUGCAGACAUCAAGCACUUUGUGAGUGAACGCAAAUAUGACGAGGACCUUGGGAAAGCAGUAAGAUUUACAUUUGAUCUUGAACCGCUGAAGACGAGCAUCUCGGGCUUUGGAUCAGUUUACCAUCCACGCACAGGUUACUCAAAUCGGUCCCGCUGUAGCUCGACGUCCUCUUCCGUCGCUGGCCCAAGCCUGCUGGAAACUCCACCUCCCACCCAGACCCAAAGCACCCCCAGUGAAACCCGCCCCCCACCAACCAAACAGAUUUUCCAAGGCAACAGGCGUACUUUCCAGGGACAAGGUUUUCACUUGGGUGGUCAGCGGUAUAACGGCGGGUCCUACCAUGACCGGAACGCUGGUCGGGCCAACCACCGCUACCAGAGCGAUGGUGGUCACACUUCACAGCACUCCAACAACUUGAGAGGUCCCCCCCAUUCCUCCUCGUCCUCCCACAACCAGGACCGACCCUCUCACAACGGGCUUCCCCAAAGGCCUCUGCGGACGCACUGCCCUUGACAUUGGAAAUCUUCAUCUCACUCAAACCCGUCUACUAACCCUUGCACUCUCCUCCCUGUGCCCACCCCCUACCCUGCACACACUCCCACCGUACUAACUCCUUUCGAUGAAGAAUAGAAUACAAGUUUACAUACUUCCAUCAGUUGAGCUGUAGUGUCACCUCUCUCCAUCAAAUCCAUUCAUCCUUCAAACUUGAAAAGCCCUCACUGUUCAGUGUAAUCGCUCUUCCUUUUUGCAUUUCUCCCAUCCUGGUCAAGGUAACAGCUUCUAUCUUUAGCCCCCCUUGAGAGAUCUCAUUGCUAUGCUAUUCUUAGUCUCUGUUGUUAAUUUUUGCAGUUAAGCAGUCUGCCAGAGACGGACAGGAUUAUCUGCAACAAUUUGUGCACUAUUGAAGUUGAACUCUUAGUACUAUUUCUAUUUUCGUUGUGGCUUAAUAUCAGCUCUCUGAUUCGCACCUCAAAUCCGUUUCGGUUUUUUUGAGGUUUUUUUUUUUUUCCUCCUCCUCGUCUCCCCGAACCAUUUCAAUGCCUUCACCACGGAAAACGUAGUGAAAGUGCAGUAGUUCUAGCCUGAACAGGGAUUUUUGUCAUCAGGAGAGUAGAAAUGCAAUCAACACUACAGACUAUCGUAAAUCCUUGCAAGGUAAAAAAAAAAAAAAAAAAAAAAAAUUAAUUUAAAAAAAAAA